UGAAGGAAGCGGAAUACGCACACCGGAAACAAAGUCAAAGGCGGAAGCAGCAUGAAUGGAGAGCUGCAUGCUUACACGGAGGUGACCUUAUUGAUACGCUAGUUUCAUGUUUAAGAGCAGUAUUUAAGCGCUUCUAUAAUAGACCCAUAACAGGCAACAGAAUAUGGCUGAAGCACAUCAAGCUCGGGUAUCAAAAGCUGUUGAAGAUAUGGUUCAGAGCCUGGAGCGAAACCAUAUACGCAAGAUGCAGGGCCGUAUGUUCCAGUGUAGCGCAGACUGUUGCGAGCGCUCUACGGACAGCAUGACGCAGGUGCAUCAGUGCAUCGAACGCUGCCACACACCCCUCGGUCAGGCGCAAGGAACAGUGACUGCGGAGCUUGAGAAAUUCCAGGAUAGGCUGUCCCGCUGCACCAUGCACUGCAAUGAUAAGGCGCGGGACCUGUUUGACUCAGGGGCCAAGGAGCCGGCCGUCAGGGCCAUGAUGGAGAAUUGUGUAGGCAGCUGUGUGGACGACCACAUCAACCUCCUGCCCAGUAUGACACGCAAGCUACAGGAGAACCUGGACUCCAUAUCGCAGUUGCAGUGACAAGCCUGGAGGAAGCGUAACGCUGGUUGGGUCGAUCUGGCAGCUACGUCAUAGCAGUGCAGAUCGGGGGAUGAACUAGUGUCAUAAAAUUCCCAAGAGGGGGAUUUAUAUGUAUGGUUAAUCAGAUUCAAAAUAAGGCAGCCAAGAGGGCUAAGAGAUGUUUGUGUACCAUGAGUUAUAAACUGUGGGGGGAGGUUUAGUGCAGAUUUUCUAGUCACUGGAAAAUCAAAUGGGGGGGGGGGGAAUGCUGUCAGCUUGAAACUGAACGAUAUGUUGUUGGUAAACAGCAUAAGACAGGGAAGAGCAGUUGUUACCGAAAAUACAGAAUAUGGUGCUUAAUGUCCAGCUGACCUGGUCAGGCUUUAGGUAACAAGGCCUUGUGUUUAUUACUCACCUGCCUCAGUGUCUUGUAUGUCAUUCUAAAAUGUCAUUUUUGACAACUCCGACUUAUGCUGUAUCUCUGUCUGUCUUUAUCUGUCACCAGUGGAUAGUGAUGUCAGCACUACAUGUUUGCAUGCCUUGUGUGUGUGAUGAAUUAUUGCAGAUUUUUGACAGUCUGUGGGAAUGGAGAGAGGCUGAGGUUUCAGUUUGGUGCCCGUUCAUGCAUAUCUGCCUCCUAAUCUUAAUGCGUUUUCCCCCUGUGAAACCAGUUGUGAACUGUGAAGCACCGGCCUUCUAACCUUGUUCUCUUGUUUGUUUUUGUUCAGACAAUAGAUCAAAGAAUGAAAUAAUUCAACAGUCGUCUAUUAUAAAUUAUUCAAGCACACAUUUUUUCCACACUGUCCUGUAAAACAUCAAAAACUGUUUUUUUUUUUUAAUCUUUUCUAGGAUUUUUAAGUGUAUAAGGUAUAACAUUCAAUAUGAAAGUAAACUGAAAUGCAGUA